UUGAUAAAUUUAGCUAAAUUGUUACCGUGACCGUUCACGGACCAUUGAAUUAAAUUCCAUUCUUAUCUGUUCACCAUUACCUUCAUAGGGUAAUAUGGUUUCUGCAGACUCAAAGUCGAUUACCGCACCCGAACUCAAGCCACAUCCGUGUCCUGACAUACGUGUUCUUGAUCGGGAAAGAUUCAACUUGACGAUAACUUGUCGUGCAAUCGAAGUUCCAGUGAAGAGAUGUACUGAAAUUGUGAAAUUGAUAGACCGAACUGACUCAAUAUUUUCUCAUUUGCAACAUAAACCUCGUUUUGUUCAACCGUGUGAAGAAGACAGCUCACGAAAACUUAUUCUUCUUGACGACAAUCAAACUCUUCCGUUUGCUGACAAUGAUAUAAGUGAACGAUCUGUUGAUGUUAAGUUAACCUAUAAAAACUGGUCAGCAUCUCAAAUAAUCCGAGCCAUACUUCCUCCUUCAAUUGAGGACACUUUAGUGGUAUCGGGAUUCGAAAUAGUUGGUCAUAUCGCACAUUUGAAUUUAAAAGAAUGCCAUCAACCUUACAAAUCGAUCAUUGGACAAGUCAUAUUGGACAAGAAUCCAUCCAUUAAAACUGUGGUAAACAAAUUAAAUACCAUUCAUGCGGAGUAUAGAUACUUUGAAAUGGAAUUAUUGGCUGGUGAAAAUAACUUGAUCACCACUGCAAUCGAACACAAGUUGAAGUAUUGCAUGGAUUUUUCAAAGUUGUACUGGAAUUCAAGAUUAGGAACGGAACAUAGAAGAAUUGCAGAUCUGGUUCCUGUUGGUUCAACUGUGUUAGACAUGUUCUGUGGGAUAGGUCCUUUUGCACUUCCUCUUGCAAAGAAGAAAUGUCAUGUUCACGCCAAUGAUCUUAACCCAGAAUCAUACAAGUACCUUUUAAAAAACAUUGAAAUAAAUAAGAUUAAAUCUCAAUAUAUAACCUGUUACAAUCAAGAUGGCAGAGAACUAAUCAGAAACUUCACUGGUCAAAUUGACUUUGUCUUAAUGAACUUGCCAGCUUCUGCCUACGAAUUCUUGGAUGUUUUCGUAGGACUGUUUUCAAAACGGGAAGAAGGAAUGAAACCUCCGACUGUCUUCUGUUAUCACUUUGCUGAUAUUGAAGCUCCUAAAGCAUUUACAAUCGCCGCAAUAUCUGACAAGCUAGGCUGUACCAUUGUUCCUGAAGAGGUGCAUCUCGUCCGGAAGACUGCUCCUAAAACAUGGAUGACUUGUGUCAGAUUCACUGUUCCAGAGUCCGUGCUGUACUCUGAGAGCCGAAACAAGAGGAGUAGCCAAUAGCCAUGAAUCCAGCAAGAUGUUUUAGUGUGGUCAAUAGAUGCUCAAGUUACGUUUCAUCUCGCUCAAUGAAGAUAUACACU